UACCAUGGGCACUAAGUUGUAAAUACUGCAACAAAAAGGUAUUUCCUACAACCAAUGUUGAUGACGAUAUGCGUCCUUUGUUCUACUGCAAUACCUGCGAUAAAGAACACAUCAACGUCAUAUCCAGGUUUAAAUUAAUUGCCAAUGUUAAAGACGAUUCCGGUGAGGCAAACUUUCUUUUGUUUGAUACCAACGCUCAGAUGAUUGUGCGUCGUGCAGCUGCGGAACUCUACGAUGAGGAUGAAGAUCCCGACUUCUUACCAGAAGCAGUUAGCGACCUCUUUGGCAAGAGAAUGCUUUUUGAAAUUUCAGUUGAUUCUGAUAACAUCAGAGGAAAGAGCUCUCAGUAUCUUGUUUGUUGUGCUAAUGAUGAUCGUGAAAUGAUUGAGGAAUUUGCAGCUUUGCCUCACAAACCGGUUUUGAAGUUGCACGGCUCCGACGAGAUUUCCGAUGGUUCUGGUGGUUCUUCAGCAACUCAUGUGUCUAAAAGAAAAAGCAAAGGAGAGGAAGACAAUGAUUUUGAGGAUCAACUCUCUGUCAAGAAGAAACAGGGUCCAAAGAAAAUCAAGGGCGAGUGA